AAAGGUAAACUACUCAACAGAGCAAACCAAAAGAAAAAAAUCACUGUCUACAAAAAUUCAUAUAACCAAAAGUAUGUCUGCAGGAGUAAGAUCUGAGCCGAUGAAGGUCGUUUUCAUUAACACACAGUACGUUCAGACAGAUGCUCGGAGCUUCAAGACAGUUGUUCAAGAACUCACCGGUAAAAACGCAGUCGUCGCCGACGGUCCUUUUGAAUUCUCCGGCCAAGGCUACGGUGGAAAAGAAUCAUCACAGCGGUUUCGCGGCGUAGGAAAAGAAGCAGAAGGAGGUGUAGAGACGACGGAGUUCGAUAGUUUUUUCAGGGAGAUGCCUCCGGUCGGCGAAUUGUAUAAUCUUUGGUCAGACAAUUGACUGGAGUAAUAAUUUGUUUUAUUUAAUUCCUUUUUUCAUAAUUUGGUUUAUUAAGGCCCAUUGGGUUUAAUCUUAUUAUCUCAGGCCUAUGUAAAACACGAGUGAUCCUUACUCAGAAUGUGAACUUCUUUUUUUGCUUUAUGCAUUAAUGUAUAUAAGAAAAUAUCAUCCACUUU